UUAUGCUUCUUAUUUAUUGGUUGAUUAUUGUUAUUAUGCUUCUGAUUAUGCUUCUUAUUUAUUGGUUGAUUAUUGUUAUUAUGCUUCUUCUAUUACCAUGUAGUACAGAUAACAUAAGAAAAGAAAUGGGGGAACCAAGGAGUAUUGCAAUAUAUGAAACUGUAUAUGGGCAUUAUGACCGUUUAUGUUGGGGAAAAAUUGAUCUUGGAAACAUUACAGGCUUUCAAAGCCUCAUGAGAGAGAUUGAAUGCAGGGUGAGAGAGAUUUCCCGUAAAGUGACUAAAGAAUACAAGAAUCAUGUUGUCUCUGCCUUGGAUCCUCUGUAUGAAUUUAAUGUCAAUUACGUGGAUUUGGACGAUAAAAGCCUUAAUAUCAUGACAACUCCGUGGGCGUUCUUCAGAUCAAGAAUUGAUGAAAUAGGUAUCACUCGGAAAUAUGAUGUGCUUGUUGGUAUAGAGAUUCCUAUUGAAGGAAUUCAUCAAAUUAUGAAAUUGGACAUUGGAGCAAUUGAAGAUUUCUUUCCCUUCUAUCGUGCUCUCCAACUUUUAGGUUCUGCAUACACAAAUACAGAUCCUGAGGAUCAUUUCACUUCUGAAGAGCCUUGGGAAGGCUAUAGCAUAUAUCUGCUAUCCGAUCAAAACAUCAUUGUUACACCUCACUGGGUUUGGAGGUCGGCUGGACAGUUAUGGGAAGAAAGGAAAUUAUUAGAGUUUGAUACUGCAACAGUUGCCUCUUCCAUGGAUUCCAAUAACGAAGAAGACGAAUUGAUGGCAGUGAACGCAGAAAUUGAUGAUGCUUCUUCUGUUGUAGCAGGGAUCGAUGAUGCUUCUUCGACGGACGAUGAUGCUUCUGAGAUGGCAGGAAAUAUAGCAGGGGUUGAUAAUGGUUCUUCGACUGAUGAUGAUGAUUCUGAGAGUGCAGGAAAUGUUUUGGUGUCAGGGAUUGGUUUUUCUUCUUCUGAAGAAGAAGAUGAGGUAGAUGACUUCUUACAGUGGGAAACCAAACAUGUUACUGAAUGGAAAGAGGUCCAGAAUACGCUUAACAGAAUUGUUGUCAAACCAAAGUUACUAUGUUGCUAGAUGGUACUUCUUAGUGGCUAGAUGGUACUCUAGUAGGAAUAGCUACUAUUUCUUUUAUAAUUCUGUUAGACUUCAUGUUUAAAACCUCAUAAAGUUUUGUGAAGAUUGUUGACAAACCAAAGUUACUAAGUGGGUAGACGGUAGCUUCUUAGUGGCUAGAUGGUACUCUAGUAAGAAUAGCUACUAUUUCUUUCAUAAUUUUGUUUGACUUCAUAAAGUUUUGUGUUUUUACUUAGAAACUGUUGAGAUUUUGCCUAGUUUCCAAAAGUCAAAAACUUUAGAAACUGCGGUAUAUUUCACCUUGAAAAUAUCAUUUACACUUCUAUCAUAUUUUUGCUAUUAACAUUAUUAAAUAUAUCACAUGAUUAUUGGUUUAAAUGAAAUUUAUCAAAUAUUGAGGUUUAAACAAAACGAAGACAAAACUAUAAAAUUACCCGCCUUCCAUUCAUGCCGCUUUGGUUAGUUCGCCUGAGCCCAAUCCUAAUGUGCAAGCUAUUGUUUAUCAAGGUGGAUAUGGAGGAGAAUAUGGUGGAACUGGAACCACCACUGAUUUCCAGAGGUUCAGGGUGGGAUUUGUAUUGAGUGUUGGUGCUUUGGCGGUGAGAGACACCACUACUAUGGCGGCAUAGGCCUUUGAGUCGUGGGUAUUGGGUAGUGCGUAGGUGCAGAGAGGCUUGGAUGAUGUGGGGUCGAGAGAACUGAGCUGAAAGUUGUGGUGCUAUUUGAGGUCUCAAGUGGGAAGCGAUAAUGGAGUUUCUUGAGCCCUGAAGAGAUAUUAGAGAAGCUAACCUCUAGCCGGUCAAACAUUGCUUCUUUUCUUUGUUUAAUCCAUUGAGUUUUUAGUUAAGGGGUUUGAGUUUGUAUUUUUAAACCUCAGGUGCAUCUCACAAUGCAUGAGAAAAUAGAAAUUUGUGUUCAAAGGUUAAAAGUUGUUUAUGAAAGCAGGUUCUUGUGUA